CUAGGCUGCCUGACCGCAUAAAGUAGUUUAAUAAAUUUAAUUGCUUUAGUUAGUUUUUAGCUGCUUCUGCAACCGAUCUCUUCCUCUCUCCCUCUGCGACUGUGAUUUCCUUACAACUGUGACAUCUUCAACUGUUAUCUUUGUAACGCAUUUUCCUUGCAACUGUCACUGCAUUGGACUGUGGUCUAUUUUGCAUCUUGAAAACACUCUGUCACUGUAAUCAUUUCUGAUGGUCAAUAUGGCCAUGGCUGUCUCUGCAAUUGGAUUUGAAGGUUAUGAGAAGAGGCUGGAAAUAUCGUUUUUUGAGCUUGGCAUUUUUGUUGAUCCUGAAGGAAAAGGCUUUCGAUCUCUGUCCAAGUCUCAGUUGGAUGAGAUUCUUGGACCAGCCGAGUGCACUAUUGUUGAUUCACUGUUCAAUGAUCAUGUCGACUCUUACGUACUUUCUGAGUCUAGCCUCUUUGUAUAUCCUUACAAGAUCAUCAUCAAAACCUGUGGGACUACCAAACUGCUCCUUGCAAUCCCACCGAUCUUGAAGCUGGCUGAUACCCUUUCUCUUAAGGUAAAAUCUGUGAGGUAUACUCGUGGGAGCUUCAAUUUCCCUGGAGCUCAGUCAUAUCCUCAUCGCAGUUUCUCUGAAGAAGUUUCUGUCUUGGAUAGUUAUUUUGGGAAGCUAGGUACUGGCAGCAAGGCUUAUAUAAUGGGUGGGAUUGACAGCCCACAGAAAUGGCAUAUGUACUCUGCAUCUGCUGCUGAUUCUACAAUCUCUUGUGACCAUGUUUACACUAUAGAGAUGUGCAUGACUGGUUUGGACCGAGAAAAGGCUUCUGUUUUUUACAAAACCCAGUCGGCUUCUGCAUCUACUAUGACUAUUGAUUCUGGAAUAAGAAAGAUUCUUCCAGACUCGAAGAUAUGUGAUUUUGAUUUUGAUCCAUGUGGUUAUUCAAUGAAUGCUAUUGAAGGAGCGGCUAUUUCUACAAUCCAUGUUACUCCAGAAGAUGGUUUCAGCUAUGCGAGCUUUGAAACAGUAGGAUAUGAUCCAAAAGAUGUGAGUCUGAACCAGAUGAUUGACAGGGUGUUGGUUUGUUUCCAGCCGAGUCAGUUCUCUAUUGCUGUACAUGCCAGUGUCGCAGGUGAACAACUAGCGGAGACUUGUUCACUAGAUGUUAAGGGAUACAGUCGUGGAGAGAGGAGCCUUGAAGAGCUUGGAAUGGGUGGUUCCAUUGUUUACCAGAAAUUUGUUCGAAGUGAGGACUCUGGUUCUCCUAGGUCAACUCUGAAAUGCUGCUGGAAAGAGGAAGAAGAGGAUUAGUUCCAAUUUAUAUUUUCUUUAUGGUUUGUAUCUGUGUUUAAAUAAAAUAAUUGCUUUCAGGCUAUGCCUGAUGACAGCAAUCUUAGUAGUCUUUUCUAUUGUCUUUGAUUUUAUUUGCAUUACCAGAUGUGGCUCUCGACUUCUGAGAUGUGAGAGCUGCAGUAUUCUAAAUGUUUGGCCAUGUAUCCAGACUUGUUUAGUGGAUUUAUUCUAAAUAUGUGCUUUUGGUUUUUGAUUA